AAAAUAAAAUUCACGUUAAAUGAUACGAGACAACCUUCCUUGUACAGAGAACGUCUUCUUUCUCGAAUCUCACAUCUGAACAGAAGCAAUGUACAAAAGCAAGAACGCAACACGGUUGCCUAAAUAAACCAAAGCUUCCGAGUGCAAGAGUGAAUGUUCGUAAUCAACUGAGCUACGUACUCGUUGAGGGCUUGGUUGGAGGAGGAAGAAGAUGAAGUUCGGAAAAGAGUUCGUUUCGCAAAUGGUGCCGGAAUGGCGAGAAGCAUACAUGGACUACAACUCUCUCAAGCUUAUCAUAAAAGACAUCCUGCGUUUCCGGAAGAAAUAUGCAUCAUCAACACCAAUGGCCACGACGCCGGCAGGGUCGGUACUAAAGCGGAGGGUGUCACUCUACAGAGCAUUCAGUGGGCUGACAAGCCGACAACGCGGCUCGCUGAGGAAGAUGGAGGACGAGGAGAUACUUGUGGCUGAAGAAGGGGAGGAAGGGCAGUGGCAGACAAGGUUCUUGAUGCCGUCCGAGGACGGAGGAGAGUUUGAGGAGGUGUUUUUUAGGAGCCUGGACGAUGAGUUUAACAAAGUGAAUUGCUUUUACAAGAAGAAAGUUGGGGAAGUUGUGGAGGAGGCUGAGGAGUUGAGUAGGCAGAUGGAUGGUUUGAUCGCUCUUAGGUUAAAGGUUGAUAAUCCAAAGGUGGAUAUUGGAGGAGGAAGUGAAUUGGCAAGCAAUGGGAUUUCUUCAGUCUCAUUUGUUCAUCCAAGUGGUAGAAAAACAGGAGGGAAAGAUAUGGAUGUAAUUCAAGAAGUUGAGAUGAGCAAUGAAGGAGAAAUAUUGGAAGAAGAUGAAGAGAGGGGAAUCGAGGAAUUGGAAACCGCUGACCGGAAACCCAACAGAGGCACGGUGGAUAUUAAGGGGUUUAAACCACAACCACUAGAGGUUUUGAAUCAUAUAAAGAUCAACGUGGUGCCUGAAACUCCUGUAUCAACAAUCAAAAGCAUAUUCCAGCCGAAUACGAAACCCGACUUAUCAUUCAGCAAGAAAGAGCUGAAGAAAGUAGAAGAGCAAAUGACACAGGCUUUUAGCGAGUUCUACAAAAAGCUCCGGCUUUUGAAAAGCUACUGUUUCCUUAAUCAAUUGGCCUUCUCGAAGAUCAUGAAGAAAUAUGACAAGUUCUCUUCAAGGCCUGCAUCGAAGGCUUACUUGAAUAUGGUGGAUAAUUCUUAUCUCGGUAGCAGCGAUGAAGUUACUAGGCUUAUGGAAAGGGUGGAGAGUACCUUCAUAAAGCACUUCGCAAAUGGAAAUCGAAGAAAAGGAAUGAAGACAUUAAGACCGAAAACCAAAAGGGAAAAGCAUAGAAAUACAUUUUUCUUGGGGCUGCUCUUCGGGGGCUCGAUUGCACUUGCAGUAGCCAUCAUUGUGCUUAUGCAUGCAAGAAAUAUCCUUAAGAGCAACGGGCAUGAUCUGUACAUGGAAAACAUAUUUCCGCUGUACAGUUUGUUUGGAUUCAUUGUCCUACAUCUGAUCAUGUUCUCAGGGAACAUAUUCUUUUGGAGGCGCUAUCGUGUAAAUUAUCCAUUUAUCUUUGGCUUCAACCAAGGGUCAGAGAUUGGUUACAGACAGCUAUUCCUUAUCAGUUCAGGACUUGCAAUUCUCGCAUUGGCUGGUACCAUCUCAAAUUUGGAUAUGGAGUUGGAUCCGAGAACAAAAAGCUACGUAGCCGUGAAAGAAUUGGUCCCCCUGGGCCUAGUCAUUGUUGUGCUUCUUAUAAUGGUUUGUCCUUUCAACAUUAUAUAUCGUUCCAGUCGAUAUUUCCUCCUCCUGUGCAUAUUCCGUUGUCUUCUUGCUCCUCUUUAUAAGGUUACCCUCCCGGAUUUUUUCUUGGCAGAUCAGCUUACUAGCCAGGUUCAAGCCUUCAGGAGUUUGGAAUUCUACGUUUGCUAUUACGGUUGGGGGGACUUCAAAAAAAGAUCACACAACUGCCUUGACAGCCACGUUUUUAAAUCUUUCUACUUCAUUGUAGCAAUUAUUCCUUAUUGGAUGCGUUCGCUUCAGUGUGUGCGACGCUUGAUAGAGGAGAAAGACAGAAUGCAAGGGUUAAAUGCGCUGAAAUACUUCUCAACAAUCGUUGCAGUAGCCAUGAGAACAAGUUUUGAUAUGAAAGCAGGGAUGACAUGGAAAAUCCUCGCUAUAGUUAGUUCAGUUGUGGCAACUGUUUUCGGUACAUACUGGGACAUUGUCAUUGAUUGGGGUCUUCUGCAACGAAAUUCUAAGAACCCUUGGCUGAGAGAUAAACUCCUCGUAUCAAACCACAAUGUUUAUUUUGUUGCCAUGGGGUUGAAUGUUCUACUGAGACUCGCUUGGAUGCAGUCAGUAUUAGGAAUUAGAGGAGCACCUUUCGUCCAUAGAACAGCCUUGAUCACGAUAGUUGCCUGUUUAGAGAUCAUCCGUCGUGGCAUUUGGAAUUUCUUUCGGUUGGAGAAUGAGCACUUGAACAACGUCGGAAAGUAUCGGGCGUUCAAGUCUGUACCCCUACCCUUCAACUACGACCGUGAUCACACCAGGAGCGGAUGAACAUGUUUUCCAUGGACAAAAUAUGAUAGGAGUGAAAGUUGCAGAAUUUUAUUUUUUAUUUUCACUUUUCUUCGUUUUGUUUGCAAAAUAUGAGUGAAAAAUAGGCAAUUGUAAUUGUUCUCUUCAUUUUUGUUUGGAAGACUGAACAAAAAGGAAAGUGAACACACCCUAUCUUGCUUGUUAUCAAGUGUUUAAAGUGUUUUCCUACUUUUUUAACGA